AUGUCAAAGAGAGGACGUGGAGGAGCAUCUGGAGCGAAAUUUCGCAUAUCUUUGGGUUUGCCGGUUGGUGCGGUGAUGAACUGUGCUGAUAAUACCGGUGCGAAGAAUCUAUUCGUUAUUGCCGUAUAUGGUAUUAAAGGACGUUUGAACCGAUUGCCAAGUGCUGGUGUUGGUGAUAUGUUCGUUGCGUCAGUCAAAAAAGGAAAACCUGAACUCCGCAAGAAGGUAUUGCAAGCUGUGGUCGUAAGGCAACGAAAACAGUAUCGUCGAAAGGAUGGCACAUUCAUAUAUUUCGAGGACAACGCAGGUGUGAUAGUGAAUAAUAAAGGUGAAAUGAAAGGUUCAGCUAUUACCGGUCCCGUCGCAAAAGAAUGUGCUGACCUUUGGCCAAGAAUUGCUUCAAAUGCUGGUUCAAUCGCGUAG